AUGGAUCACCUACACCUUAACUCAGAAAUCGACGAGGAGUAUCCGCUCAUGGCCUCCGUAGAAGCGCAGAUGCGGGGUGUUACCAUGAGCGCAUCAAACAGUCGCUUUCUGAACCUUCCAGGUGAAUCCACUUACCACUACGCCCGAUACAUCCGCGAUUUCUAUCCGCCUAGCGACGAGGCCACGAUGCUGCGCUACCGCGGACACAUCAUCAGCGUAGUUGGGCAUAGCCGCGAUGAGGAUAUGGGCGUGGACGAGUUCUACGAUGCCGACAUCGCCCGCGUUGUCUCGCUUGUCGCGCGCUCACCAAAGCUUCGCUUUACCUUCGAACUUCAGAAGGAUCUGAAAAGAUAUUCCUCGGCGGCAAAAAGCAUCGCACAGGUCAACAGUAUGCUCUCGUUAUUCGCUGAUUCGUCCGACUCAGAGUGGCGAGACAUGGCCAAGUCGAUCAAAGAGAUGAGGCUGAGGGUUCAAUAUUCCGACUCUGCACUCCGAAUCACCAUGGAGCAAGACAUGGCUAAAAAGUGGAAGACUGCGGUUCAUGAGAUGUGGAACGAAGCAGCUCAGCCCACGCGUGGCAUACGUGAAUUGAGGCUCUCAUGGCCUGACCCAAACCCGCAGGAGCGUUCAUAUGGGCAGCCUGGUGACGUCUUCAAAAUGCGUAACAAGGUGCUCUGGAUUAUCAUUCAGCAGUUUGCCUUUCAUCAUGAAAGCGGCUAUUUCACAUCGUCCUGGGUGGUCAUCAGGUCGGGUGCGUCGACAUGGAAGUAG